UUCUGUCAAGAUUUUGGGGUACUUCAGAAGAGAACUGACACAUGAUCUUGACCGAAAGGAUUCAGCGAGGAUCAUGUUUCGCGGAGUUUUGUUGCUCCUUAGGCGGCACAGUCUUCUGAUUAUUUGGCUCAUGGUCAUCACUUAUGUGUUCUCAUCAUCCUACGUAAGGCACCUUACAGACCCCAAAUAUUUUUACCUAAGAGAAAUGUUGGGCAUAAGCCUUUUACUUUCACGAGCAUCAGCAUCUGUGAUAAAUAUAAGUUGUUUCAUGGUUAUCAUUCCUGUGUGUCGUAGCUUCAUAACUUAUAUACGAGUUUUUGGCUCAAAGAUUUCGGCCAAAUGUGUAUUGAACUGGAUUGAUGCCAGUAAAAAAUUCCAUAUCAUCUGUGCCUUUACCAUCCUCUUCGCAGGCUAUUUUCAUACCAUUGCUCAUGUUGUUAAUGCAUUCAACUUUUCAAGUCAUUAUAACAAAAAUUUCAGAGAUAUUAAUGCUGCCAACUUUCAAGGAGAGGAUCCCUUGAACCUAAUAACUGGAUCAGUUCCUGGAAUUACUGGAAUAUUAAUGGUUAUAAUUCUUUUUAUCUUAACUGCAGCAGCUGUUAGACCUAUGAGGAACAUCAGUUAUGAUUUAUUUUUGAUCACCCACCAUCUCUUUAUCAUUUUCCUCAUCCUAUUGUUGAUUCAUCCUAUGAGUGGAAUCCUAAAAGAACAAGUAAAUGUAAAUACCCACAUUCCAGGCUGCAAAAUGAAUAAGUCGAGCAGAGAAAACCAAAGAUUUUUAUCAGUUGAUACAACGUGCACCGAAAUGCCGGUCUUUGUUUCUUAUAAUUCAUGGAUAUGGCUGUGGAUUAUGAGCAGUCUCUUUGUUUACACAAUUGAUGUGACUUACCGUUUCAUAAGAAGAAAUGAACAUGCCAAUUUACUGAGCUUUCAUUUAUAUAAAUGUGAUGUAAUUUCUCUGAAGUUUUUAAAACCUGAUUUCAGAGCAAAUCCUGGUCAGUAUGUGUUUUUACAAUGCCCCCGUAUAUCUACGUUUGAGUGGCAUCCUUUUAGCAUAUCGCAGUGCCCGUCCUCUACUGAUCCCACAUUUACUGUACAUUUGCGAACUACAGGUGACUGGACAGAAUGUUUGAAGGAAUACUUGAUAGAAGACAAUGAGGAAAUGUUGAUAAGUACUGAUGCACAUGAAAUAAGAAUGAGCUACUUGCCAUCAGAACAGCCAAGUGGAAAAAUUCUUGUAGAUGGACCUUACAGCAGCUGUUUUGAAAACGUGUUUCAACAUUCUGUUAGUAUUUGUAUUGCAGGAGGCAUAGGGUUAACCCCCUUUGCGUCAGUGUUAAGCUAUUUAAGGAUAGACAUGGAGAAUUUAACCAAAAUAAAAAGGAUUCAUCUGCUGUGGAUUGGGAGAGAAAUAGAAAUUUUCUAUUGUUUUGCAGAACUUCUGACGGAAAUGUUUGAAACUGUCUGGCAACUAAAUCAACCUGAUAAAUUUGAAUUCCUGUUAUACGUAACGAAGAUAGAAAUAUGUGAUACUGUAUUAAAUACUUUACAAGAAUCGUUUCCUGUGUUAAAACCAAGAAUACAGCUUGGCAGACCAAAAUGGCAUCAUCUUUUUGAACAAUGGUCAAGCAUAUACAAAAAGUCUAACAUAGGAAUAUUCUGUUGCGGCUCGAAAGUCUUAACGGAUGAAAUAAAAACACUCAGUCAUUGUUACAACAGUCGUGGAUGCCGUUUUUCUUAUUAUCAUGAGGAGUUUUCUUAAUUUGUCAUCAUUAUUUUAAUGUUUUUUUAUUUGUAUUAAUUUUUCUUGUUUCCUUGAAAAAAUGAUGUAUGAAGCAUAUAUUGUACAGUUACAUAGUUCAUAUGUUGUGAUAUUUUUUACACGAUACAUUUUAAAUCCUCGGAUAUGUGACGUCAGUUGCGGCUCAUGUAUAUGCACUA